UUGCUGUUGUUGUUGUCUUUCAAGGUAUUGUCCAUCCUUUGAAGCAAAAAUCAUGAGAUUUGGCCCCAAAAGCCACCCAGUAUGGCUUGAACCUGAAGGUUUAGACUCAGCCAUUAUUUACCCAAGCGGCAUCUCCUGUACGAUGCCAGAAAUAUUUCAACUAGAAUUAGCACGUACUAUACCCGGACUUGAAAACUGUGAGAUUGUUCAAGCAGGUUAUGGUGUUGAAUAUGAUUACAUGGAUCCACGUCAGUUGAAGAAGUCUUUGGAAACACUUCGUAUCAGCAACCUGUUCUUUGCUGGUCAAAUCAAUGGAACUACAGGAUAUGAAGAAGCUGCAGCACAGGGUAUUUUGGCUGGAAUUAAUGCAGCUUCUAAAGUACAGAACAAACCAACCAUGACGAUCGAUCGAUCAGAAGCUUACAUCGGAGUCAUGGUGGAUGACCUCACCACACUGGGAACCAUUGAGCCGUAUCGCAUGUUUACCAGCCGAGCAGAGUUCCGGCUCUACCUGCGGCCUGACAAUGCGGACAUCCGACUAACUGCCAAAGGUUACCACCAAGGCUGCGUCAGUAAACACAGGUAUGAAAAGAUGAUGCGGAUGCUGACUGCCUUAGAUGAGAACCUGGAUUUGCUAAAGACGACCUUUGACUCAUGUUACAACUGGAGGUCGAAGCUGCAAAGUGCCGGCACCCCUACUGCUAGGGUGGAUGAGAAGAAGGUGCAGAAGAAAAGUGCCUUUUCAAUAUUUUCUGAUCCAACAAUUACCGCAGAGGAAUUUGUGAAAGCAUUCCCAAAGGAGUUUGGUCACCUGAUUGGUCAGUCAGCCAUUCUACAAAGACUGUCCAUUGAAGUGCGGUAUUCUGCAGAAUUGGAGGGUCAAAUGGAGGAUAUUGAAGAAGUCCGCAGAGAAGAGAUGUUAGAACUACCUGAAGACCUUGAUUACUACAGUGUCAACAUUGCAAAUGAGGCUCGGAACAAAUUAGCAGAGGCAAGACCAGCCACGAUUGCUUCUGCCAGCCGAAUCCCCGGUGUGACCCCUGCGGCGUUGAUCCUGUUGUUGCGACAUGUAAAGAAACAGAGAAAGGGACAAAAACACACGAAACUUGGACAGGAAACGGUACCGCCCACGACAGCUCUUUAGCUGUUUGAUGGUCAUAGUGUCUGUAAUAUUACGUGAACACCUGACACAAUGUUCUCUACUAAAUCCAUCAGCUCUUGAGGUUGCUUUGAAACAUGAAGUUCUUUUAAAACAUGAUGGGAUGCAGCAGUCCUAGUACCAUGGCAGUGUGAACAGAACAUACUCUUUACUCUUACUCUUUUACUUGUUUCAGUCAUUUGACUGCGGCCAUGCUGGAGCACCGCCUUUAGUUGAGCAACUC